UAUUUAUUGCAUGAACGGAACACGUUCCUCUCCUCCUAGCCUCCUCUUCACGUCAUCUCAACAACUACCAUCACCUCAUCACAUCAACUCAACCGGGUCCCCCAAACUCUAUGACGUCAUACCUUUCCUUCUCUCUCCCUCCAGACGACGCCUUUCCGGCGUGGACAGAGAAACUCAUCGAAUGCCAGCGCGUCGGCGACUCCUACCGCGGCUACGUGACCACCUCAGACGACCUAGAAGGCGUCCUACUCGCUCACAGCCGCCAAACAGGCACAACAUGGAGCACCAGACAGACCGCGGGAGGCCUCGGAAACCCGUCAUCGCGCAUCAUGUGGAAAUCCCAAUACGCACCCUACGACGGCACACCGUUCAUCAACAAAGCACAGAGAGCAGUGGUGAUGGAAUGCCAAUUGGGUCGGACGCAGAGAAAACACGCAAAACGCGAAACAUUCCUCGCAAACGUUAAAGACUGUCCAUCGGGCAUUCCUGCAUUGACUAGUGACAGAGCGGAUGCGGCCCGGAAACGACAAUCCGGGAAAUCACAGAGUCGUGUUUACGUCAGUUGCCCGGCAACCGUUACUAUCAAGGAAGUCAAAAAAUUUCCGAUGUUUGCUGUGAGUAAGGGAGCGAACUCGAGGCAGCAGCGACGUGCGUGUGAGAAGUCGGUGAGGGCGUUGAGAGAGUUGGGUGUGGAGAACGUCGUCGGGGAGACCCGGUGGUACAUGCAGUUGCCGACCGAGAAAGCCCACGAGUUCCACGAGAUGGACAUCAUGCUGUUGGAAGAUGGCGAGUGUAAGGGCGCCGAGUUGGAUUGCGAGUUAGACCCGAGAGUCUCGGAGAAAGUCCGAGAGCUCGUGACGGGCGGACUCACCGAGUGUCGGCUCAUUCAGUUGGCGAUUUCAAAGUUUGUUGUGGAUGAGAUAUUUGGGGAUGGUAAGCCGCCGUUGACGGACGAUUUGAGGUUUUUUCCAUCGAAUGCGAAGCUUCGGUUGGAGAUCGUUGCUGUUGGUCGUGAGUUAGAGAAGCAGAGGUUGGCAACGAUGCAGCUGAUCGGUUCGCAGAGAAUGGAUGCAAGGGUUUUGAUGAGGUUACGACAGCUUGUUGUACAGGGUGUAACAGAGGUUCUGGAGGUGAAACAUGCCAUCAAGGACUUUGUAGAAAAAGAAUUAUUUGCAGAAUCCGAAGAGCGUCCGGACAUGCGCGACCGUGCAUUCUACCCCACCGUAAUCGACAUACAAAAUCAUCUUCGUGUGACGCAAGAGACAACCGGCAACGAAUCGAUUGUAUCAACAGGAGACGUGUUUGCUCAUGUGGGUGCGACUGCUAUACUGGAGGGUUUGACACACGAUGAAGAGGGAGCAACGACCAACCAACCUGUUGUGUACGUCCCGAUGCAGUGGCUUGUUAACGCGUCGCACAACGUCAACGACAGUCAGUCGAUGGUCCUCAUGCCAACCAUCUCACAGUGGCAACUGGGCGGACACGAGAAUCAAGUCAACGAGAACCAGCAGCAAGACGAUGUCGUCGAUGAUUCGCGGAUUGUCUCGGGCGUGAACAGCGGCAGCGAGACGACCACAUUGUCGUCGACUCCCGUCAGCGAGGAGGACAACUUUGUGAGUAUGGAUGCCGACAACCUCUUCAGCUCAACGGCUCUCACGGCCACUUGUUUGGGCGUCAAUAUUCCAUCGCUCGACGAGUUUGCCAACGAGACCGUGUACAGUCGAGGAUCGAUUGACGAUUCGGAUCUAAUCAGUGGCUGUGACCAGACAUUGCCGCUCGUGUCGGACUCGAGUGGCACGUCGAUGUUUUCCGUCUCUGAUCGAGUUGUGACGUCGUUGAGCGAGAUGGGUGACGUCGGUGUUCCGAUCCGGGAUGUGAGUUUGGUGCAACAUGAUGACAUGACGCCGAUUACGUCACCGAGAACGUUUAGUCCUACGCCUGGCGACGGCAAUGGUUGUACAGAUACGGGAUUUAUGAAUAAUGAAGGUCUUGGGACGGGCGACGUGGUUUCCGGGUUUUAUGAAACGUCGGACGGAUUCGGUUCGUGUCCCUCGUCACAGUCAGAUAUUUUGAGAUUAUAAUAUUUUGUUGUACUAGAUGUUAUUGUAGAGUCAGACAUACAGAAUAGAUUUCUACCGGAAGU